AUGGAUUCGAAUUUCUCUCGCCAUGGUUCUUCCUCCGAAGGUGAUUUUGGUUUCGCUUUCAAUGACAGUAAUUUCUCCGACCGUUUGCUCCGGAUCGAAAUCAUGGGUGGGCCUUCGGAUUCUAGGUCCGAUGGUGAAGGAUGUACCAGUAUCGCCGAUUGGGCUCGUCAUCGGAAGAGGAGAAGAGAAGAUAACAAGAAGGACAACAAUGGUGCUACGGUUUCAGACAUUGUGGCAUGUGCUGAAGAACAGAUUUUAACGGAUAAUAACCAACCUGAUAUGGAUGAUUGUCCUGGUGGUGAUAAUCUUGAGGAUGAAAGAGAGGCAAUGGUGGAAGAGACUCUAUCAGGCGAUGAUGAUGCAUCUAGUGAGCCAAAUUGGGGUAUGGAUUGUUCUACUGUUGUUAGAGUUAAAGAACUGCAUAUUAGUUCUCCUAUCUUGGCUGCAAAAAMCCCCUUUUUCUAUAAGUUGUUCUCCAAUGGAAUGAGGGAAUCAGAACAGAGACAUGUAAGCCUUAGAAUUAAUUCACAAGAGGAAGGUGCUUUGAUGGAGCUUUUAAACUUUAUGUAUAGCAACUCCCUAACCGUCACAACAGCACCUGCCUUAUUAGAUGUGCUUAUGGCUGCUGACAAGUUUGAGGUUGCUUCCUGCAUGAGGUACUGCAGUAGACUUCUUCGCAAUAUGCCUAUGACUCCCGACUCAGCUUUGCUCUAUCUCGAGCUUCCCUCCAGUGUUUUAAUGGCUGAAGCGGUCCAACCUCUAACCGAUGCAGCAAAACAUUUUCUUGCAUCUCGCUACAAGGAUAUUACCAAGUUUCAUGAGGAGGUUAUGGCCUUACCAUUGGCUGGAAUCGAGGCGAUAUUAUCGAGCGACGAUCUGCAAAUUGCUUCUGAAGAUGCUGUUUAUGAUUUUGUGUUGAAAUGGGCAAGGGGGCAGUACAGUUCAUUGGAAGAUCGUAGAGAGAUUCUGGGUUCACGCCUUGCUCUCUACAUCCGCUUCCCAUACAUGACGUGUAGAAAACUGAAAAAGGUACUAACUUGUAGCGAUUUUGAGCAUGAAGUAGCAUCAAAGCAAGUAUUAGAAGCGCUCUUCUUCAAAGCAGAAGCCCCGCACAGGCAACGAAUCCUAGCUGCAGAAGGAUCAGACUCCAUGAACCGCCGUUUCAUAGAGAGGGCUUACAAAUACAGGCCUGUAAAAGUCGUAGAGUUUGAGCUUCCUCGCCCGCAAUGUGUAGUGUACCUGGACUUGAAGCGAGAGGAAUGCGCAGGAUUAUUCCCUUCGGGAAGAGUCUAUUCUCAGGCCUUUCACUUAGGAGGUCAAGGGUUCUUCCUAUCGGCGCACUGCAACAUGGACCAGCAAAGCUCGUUCCACUGCUUUGGGCUUUUCCUCGGGAUGCAAGAGAAAGGAGCUGUGAGUUUUGGCGUAGACUACGAAUUCGCGGUUAGACAGAAACCAGAACAGGAUUUCACAAGCAAAUACAAAGGGAACUACACGUUCACUGGCGGGAAAGCGGUUGGUUACAGAAACCUUUUUGGGACUCCUUGGACUUCUUUUAUCGCUGAUGACAGUCAAUUCUUCAUCAAUGGCAUUCUCCAUCUCCGAGCCGAGCUCACCAUUAAACGAUCCUCAGACUUUCACUGA